AUGACAGAAGGGACUAUGUCCAACUGUGCAGAAGAUGAAUCAGCUUCUUUGCCCUGCUUCUGUGCUUUGGAUCUGCGAAGCUCUGUGCGCCCUUUCCCUCUUCUUGGACACGCAAAAACAGCGUUCAGAGCCUACACCCAGACCUGUGCACGUCCCCAGACCCUGCACACCACCGGGACCCACGGAUUUAACCCAUUUUACCGUGAAACCAACGAGCUAAGCGGAGUGAUUUCCUGGUUCAGGGAGCCUCAGUGGGAAGAGCCUGACAAGCCACUUCUUGUUUUUCGUCUGUGGGGCGGAGUCGAGGUGAGCCUCCGAGAUGUGAAGCGGCCAAUCAAACGGGACCCGCCUGAAGUGCAGCCAAUCAACCUGAAGAUGCACCUGAAGUCGUGCCCAAAGCUGUUGCGCUCGGAGCUGCGCCUGGACCUAGGGCAGCAGCAGCAGCUGAGACGCAGCCAGAGUCAGCGCCUCCCUCUGGCCGCGCUCUCCACCAACACGCUCCGCUGCAGUCCUGCGGGGGGCGCUGUGCUGGCGGCACGGGGGAAGGGCUUAGAGAACGCCGUGUUCACAGAGGAAGACGGUGGCGGCAGCCUGGACGUGUGGAGUGUCAUUCGACCAGGACACGUGCGUGAGAAGAUCGCCCUGUUUGCCCACGACACCGACAGAAAGACUAAAGGCAGUUGGGACGUCUCCGCCAAACGCCGCAGGAGAACCAGCCAGAUCCCAGCUCCGGCCGCGGUGCUGCAGUCUCCGCAGGCCGUGGUCACUCUGAGCCUGCAACCUGCAAUCCGAGAACCCCCUUCGGAACCCCCUUCCCCUCUCACCCCAGCAGAGCCCCCCUCUCCUCUCCCCCCCGCGGACUCCUCUGACGACGACUCUAAACUCUCUGUGGUCGAGAUGGUGGCGUUUCUUGAGCGCCGCGUUGUGACUUGCUCGCCACGCUUCGCCAAACUCCGAAGCUCUGCGUCCAUCAUUCUCUCCAGGGCCCCUCCCCCUUAUAAUGCUGCCCCUCCUCCCACAGUCUCAGUCCAGCCAAUCACGACACAGCAGCCAGAGGAAGCGGACAGCGUCAGUGUGUCCGAUAUGGUCGCCAAACUCGAGUCUCAGUGUCUGCGGCGAAGAAGUCAAAACGAGCGCAGAGCUGUUGGCCGCGUUCUGUUAGCCGAGCAGAACCAGAGUCAUGGGAUCAACUUGCAACCACUCGCAUCUUCCCAAUCGCUUAAAGCCACACCCAGCCCCUCCCACAGAGCAGCUAAAUCUAAUGUUACUACAUGUUUUGCUGCGGAUGCUAACAAUGCUGUUGCUAAUAAGUCUGCUACACCUGCAUCCACGUCUUUGUCCAAAACCAGUAACGCCAUUGCGUCCGGCAGAACCAAUUUGCCGCCAUCUUGCGACUCUGAACUCUUACAGCUUUGUAAACAGGACACACCUCCACAAACGAAACCAAACGAGACGCAAACGUGUGAAGAAACUCCACAAUCGGAAGCAAACUCGCCGAACAAAUCAACACUGGAUAGCGCAUUCGCUCCUGAAGCAGCGUCCGCAAAGAUUUUGGAUGGAAUGGUGGAGGAUUUUUGCGAGAUAAAAGCGACUGAAUUUGCUGAACCAGACAAAACUUUGACAGCAGUUUGCGCAAAGACGGUGGCGGCGAAAAGCUCGCCCGCGUCUGUGCUUGAAACCAAAACCUCUUGUGAAUCUCUGACGCAAGACGAGCCGAUGCCUGGUUUGCUCUUCCUGACCCCGCCUUCCUGCGUCCAAUCAGAGCAGAGAAAAGCCCCUAGUCCCGCCUCCCUGUCUCCAAACUCUGAUUCGUCCUUGGUUGUGUUCACGCCAGACCUUGCUGUCCAAUCAGAAAGCAUCAUCAGCUCUGAUUCGUUUGUGCUUCUGUCACUCGAUUUCUCGGCCCAAUCUCAAACUAGGAAGCAGUGUUCUGUAUCGCGAAGCGCUGCCUCUUCCUCCGAACAAUCAGAAAAGAGGAAACGCCGGUGCUCUCAAAGUCCCGCCUCCACUCAUGACCCGAGUCCUAUAAGAAAAGCCCAGUCCGGCUGCAGGGAUGUUGCUCAAUCAGAGAAGAGCUGUCUAAACGCUGCCAAGGCUUCUACCAAUAAGAACCACCAAUCACAUAACAGCACUUCCCUCAGCCAAUUAGAGAUGAGUAAGUCCUGCCCGGUCACUGUUUCUGAGCUCUGCAUCCAAUCAGAGGCCACCAUCACGCUGUUGCCUCUCGAGAGCCAGUCGCGUCGCAGGAGGCUUCGCCGCAUUGCCCAAUCAGAGAAGAGAAAGUCCUGCCCAGUGGUGGUGCAUGAUUGGUUCAACUCUGAGGAAAACGACCAAUCACAGAGCAGGAAGUUGCCGUCAGACACCUCCUUAGAUGCAAUCCAACCAGAGUGCAGGAUGUUGACAGACCAAUCAGCAAGCAGGGUGUUGGCUCGUCCUGUUGCCGCAGUGCUACGCUCGGUCUCUGAUGUCGGCUCCGAGCGGCGCCGCUGCAGGAGAGUGACGCGUGCCUUCAGCCUGUGCUCUGAGGGGGCGGGGCCUGGCGGGUGGGACUUCCUGUCUAUGCGACGACGUGUGCAGAGCCUCCUGGAGCCGCGGUCCUCUGUGUCGUUCCUGUCUCUGCUGCCGCAUCACCUGCUGCUGCAACUGCUGCUGCUGCUGCCGACGCACGCUCUGGCGGCGCUAAAGUGCAGUUGCCGUUAUCUGCAGCUAGUCAUCAACACGUAUGACCCGCGGCCAUGCGAUGCGCUGUGGGUACGUGACCCACGUUACCGUGACGACCCCUGUAAACAGUGUAAACGCCGCCGCCGGCGCGGGGACGUGUCGCUCUGCCGCUGGCACCACAAACCGUUCUGCCAAGCGCUGCCAUACGGCCCCGGCUUCUGGAUGUGUUGCCAUGGAGACCGCCGCGACCAGCCCGGCUGCAACGUGGGGCUGCAUGACAACCGAUGGGUACCCGCCUUCCACAGCAUCAACGCUCCGCUCUACAGACAGAGGAGGGAACAGGAUGAGACGUAG